AUGAACCCAAACGAGCUGGUCCACUACCUCGCCGACAAGCCCCCUUCGGUGGUUAGGCUCGAGAUUGAGAAGCACUUUGAUGCCCUGAAUGACAAGCAGAAGCGUUACGCUCACUUUAUCAGCAAAGCUGCUUUCGCUGGUACCAGAAUUGUCCUUCGACAGAUCUCCCCCGAGUCUGAGCCAAUAUUUGACUUGAUUUUGACUCUCCACAAGUCUGCCAACGGCGAUUGGACUGCCCUAGCAAAGAAGGCUGGCGUCGAAGAAGAUGAGGUUACCCGCUUCCUCGAGUACGCUGCCAUGUUCCUUGGCAACAAUGGCAACUACAAGAGCUUCGGCGACUCCAAGUUCAUUCCCCGGUGCUCGGAGAAGACCGUGGCUGCUCUCGCUUCCACUUCACCUGAGGCCAACAAGUUUUACGAGGCGACAAAGGGAGGCAUCUUCAGCUCUAGUAACCCCGCCAUGAUGCACCUUGGCUAUCCCGACGAUGGCCACAUGACUACUUACUACCCCGAAUCUUCGCACAUUACGAAGGACGAAAUCAAGGCUGUUUCUGACUGGAUGGAGUCCAAGGGUCUUUUGCCCGAGAACAACCGACUUCGCAAGACCUCAGAGGGUAACUACGAGAUCCUAAUCGCUUCAGCUGUCAAGGAAAUCCCCAGUGAAGGAGGUGACGUUGGCAAGCAGACCGAGUUUACCGUGGAGGAUGGACCUCUCAAGAGCAAGACAAUCAAGCUGGUCUACGGCGACUAUGCUGAGGAGAUGAAGAACAUCACAGCUUUCAUCAACGGUGCUGCCGAGAAUGCGGAGAACGAUACCCAGAAGAAGAUGCACGAGGCUUACAGCAAGUCCUUCGAGUCCGGCUCACUGGAGGCCUUCAAGGAUAGUCAAAGAUACUGGAUCAAGGACAAGGGUCCUAUGGUUGAGUCCAACAUUGGCUUCAUCGAGACCUAUCGAGACCCUGCUGGUAUUCGUGGAGAGUGGGAAGGCUUUGCCUCUAUGGUCAACCUUGAGCGAACUCGCGCAUUUGGAGAGCUUGUGAAGAACGCCCCCAAGCUCAUUCCUCUGUUGCCUUGGGGCUCGGAGUUUGAGAAGGACAAGUUCCUGUCUCCCGACUUCACAUCCCUCGAGGUUCUCACCUUUGCUGGUUCUGGUAUUCCUGCUGGUAUAAACAUCCCCAACUAUGAUGAUAUCCGCCAGACUGAGGGUUUCAAGAAUGUGUCACUUGGAAAUGUUCUCAGUGCCAAGGCACCUGAUGAGAAGAUUCCUUUCAUUCGAGACGAAGAUCUUGAGGUUUACAAGAAGCAGAGAGAUGCUUCCUUUGAAGUUCAAGUUGGCCUCCACGAACUUACUGGUCAUGGUUGCGGUAAACUUCUCCAAGAGACAUCCCCAGGCACCUACAACUUCGAUAAGGAGAAACCUCCCGUCAGUCCUGUGGAUAACAAGCCUAUCACAACCUGGUACAAGCCCGGUCAGACUUGGGGUUCUGUCUUUGGUAGCAUUGCUGCCUCGUACGAGGAGUGCCGUGCCGAGCUUGUUGCUAUGCACCUAAGCUGCGAGUUCCCUGUUCUCAAGAUUUUCGGAUUUGGUGAUGGUUCCGAGGAUAUCAAUGGCGAAGCUGGUGAUGUCCUUUUCGCCUCCUACCUAUCCAUGGCCCGAGCUGGACUUGCUUCCCUUGAGAUGUGGGAUCCUAAGAGCCAGAAAUGGGGCCAGGCUCAUAGCCAAGCUCGCUUCUCCAUCCUCAAGUGCUUCCUUGAGGCCGAGGACGAUUUCUGCAAGCUUGAUUACAAAGAGGAUGAUCUUUCCGAUUUGACCAUCAAGUUGGAUCGCUCCAAGAUCCUUACGGCUGGUCGAGAUGCUGUUGCCAAGUAUCUCCAGAAGCUGCACAUCUACAAAUCGACCGCCGAUGUUAAGACUGGUACUGACUUUUACGUCCACAUGACAACUGUUGACACUGAAUUCUGGGGCAAGAAGGUCCGUGACAUUGUUCUCAAAAACAAGCAGCCUCGCAAGGUCUUCGUUCAGGCCAACACGUCUCUGGAUGAGUCAUCUGGAAAGGUUUCGAUCAAGCACUACGAAGCCUCGUUGACUGGCAUGAUUGAGAGCUGGGUAGAGCGCAACUUGUAA